AUGGCUAGGCGCCUCACUGCAACAGAGAAGGGUAAAGGAAUUCUGAUAGAGACAGACCAACCUCUAAUCAAGAGAAUCAAAGCCCCACGGCUCGACAACGAAGCACUCAUUAGAGAACACUCUCGCACUUUGAUAGGACAAACCACAAACAACCAGGAACAACGGAUCUGGUCUCUCAUCCAGUCACUCCCCCGCAAAUGGAGCAUCCAAGGAAGAGUUGAAGGAGUUGACAUAGGAAACGACUGCUUUCAGUUCAAAUUUGAGAAGGAAGAGGACCUACAAAAAGUGUUAGACAACAGACCCUACCAUUUCAACUACUGGAUGGUCCUACUUCAGAGAUGGGAGCCUGUCAUUUCUGCUACUUUCCUGUCUCAGAUUCCUUUCUGGAUCGAGAUAAAAGGACUCCCCCUCCACUACUGGCAUGACCUAAUGGUGUGCAACAUAGGAGACGAACUAGGCACAAGAGAAAAGCAUGAACUCACAUCAAGAACUGCACGAGUCAGAGUCGCUAUCGAUGGUCUAAAACCACUAGUAAAGGAAACUAUAAUAGAGUUCGACUCAGGGGAAGAGGCAAGGAUUACCUUAGAAUACAAGCGUUUGGAGAACCACUGUUCUUUCUGUCAACGCCUCUCCCAUCUAAGCUCACACUGCCCAACCAGGAGGGAAGCCGAGAGUAUCACAAAGCGGUUAGGCUCCGAGUACCGGAGAAUGAGGUACCCAAAUACAACAAAGAAAAACCCUCAUAUCAGAGUCGCCAAAUCCAAACGACAGAGCUGA